CAGCAACUGACAGCAACUGACGGCAACUGACGGCAACUGAUGGCCGCAGACACUCUAAGCCAGCAAUUGAUGCCCAUUUGUUGUCCGUCGCUUUCGUAUCGAGUUUCCUUUUGUUAGGAGCUCAACCUAGGAGCUCAACCUAGGAGCUCAACCUAGGAGCUCAACUUCUGGCUCCGCUGCUCUACCGCCGUUCGAUAGUGGUCACAUGCCAUGGUUCACGCAUCUAACGGCUCAGAUGGCAGAUCAGCACAGCUUGCAUCAUUUACGGCCUUCCAUUCAAGCCGCUCCGUCCCGAACCUCCAAUCGACGCAGCCUUUGGCCUCCGCCGGUCCCGCUUCCAUGACUCCGAUCGCUUCCCCCGCCGCUACCCACCUCUCCGCAUCCCACUCCGCCAACCCGCUUCCUCCCCCGCUCCUGCCCGCGCCCGCGCCGUCCGCGGGCUUUGCGCCUCCGCGCAGCUCCCCCGCGCCGUCCGCGCGCCUGUCGUUCGGGUCGGUGUGGCCCAAGGCGCGCGACGAAGUGGUCGAGGUGGCAAAAGAAUUUCCCAACGGCGACACUUAUUACGGAGGAUGGUUACUCGUCGGCGGCGGGUUACCACACGGGCUUGGGUGUUACACCUGGUCCGAUGGGAGCGUAUACGAGGGGGAAUGGGUCAAGGGGCAGAAAAACGGGCAGGGAAUGUUUUUAUGGCCGUCCGGGGCGAGAUACCAGGGGGAGUGGAAAAAAGGGCAGAUGCAGGGGGUAGGCACGUACUGGGGCGCAGACGGAUCUUUUUACACGGGCAACUGGGCAGCCGGAAUAAAGCACGGGCUGGGCAGAAAAAUAUACCCUAACGGGGAUUCUUAUGAGGGGUUCUGGAGCUGGGGGGCGGCGGAAGGGCCGGGGAGGUACAAGUGGCGCAACGGGAACGAGUAUUUCGGGGAGUGGAAGGCCGGGACUAUGAGCGGAUUCGGGGCUUUUACCUGGGCGAGCGGGGAUAGGUUUGAGGGGGAAUGGGACGGCGGGUUCGAGCAUGGGCCUGGGACGUUUACCUGGGGUGAUGGGAGCAGGUAUGAGGGGACUUGGUGCCAUGGGCUGAAGGACGGUAAAGGGGUGUUUUACCCUGCGGGUUAUAGGUCGGAGGAUGGGGUGCUUGGAGGGGUUAGAUCGGGGGAGGAGUGGGGGGACGGGGAGGCGGAGGUGGGGCGGUCGUCGAGUGGGGGGGAGAGAGAGAGUGUGGUGUGGGAUGGCGCGGUGAGUGGGGAUGAGGGGCAGCGGAGGGACGAGGAGGAGAGGGGAGGGGGGGAGAGGGGAGGGGGAGAGAGGAGUGCGAGAGAAAGGGAAGGGGAGAGGGAAGGAGGAAGUGUGGGUGCAGCAGAGGAGGGGAGGAAGCAAAGGAAGACACCUGUGCCUAGAGCCAUAUCGCAUGACAGCUAUGUCGGAAGCACCAAGCAGUCCCUGGAUUUUGGUUCGGCAUUGGUUGGUGCCGCAGGCUUGGUAGAGAGCGGAGGUCCGGCAGCUGGUCUGGUGGGUGGUUCGGCAGGAGGCGUGGCUCCUGGUUUGGCAGAGCAGGUGAUUGGAAACGGCCAGAGUGGGAGUGAGAGAGGAUGGGAAUUGAGAGGGCGGGGGCGUGUGGAGUGGAGAGGAGACACCGCUGGUCAGGCUGAUGGUCAGCUGGAGACACAAGACUCGCCUGCUGCCCCUGGAGAGGAGAGGCAUGGGCGAGCCACAGUGGUGGGAGGAGAGCUGCUGGUGGGACGAGAGCUGCCGGUAGGAGGAGAGCAGCGUAUGGACCCCCUCUCUCUCGCAGUCGCAAGCUCUAAUAUGGAGCAGCAGCAGCAACCGGAGCUGCCAAAGGGGCGGCAGGAGCACGAAAACGACCGCUCCCCUCUCUCGCUGGCAGGCUCUGAUUUGGUAUCCACCACCCCUCACACCCCUCCUCCUGUGCAUCUCGAUGCUACCCCCAACGCCAUCCAUGCAUCUGCUAGCGGUCCUUCUCGUGCUGUACAAGUCAGCUCCAGCAGCGGCUCUGGUGCCACCUCGCACCGUCGCUCCCCCCAUGGCCAUCCCACGUCCAAGACAUCGCCAUGUGGUGCGGAUUCCACUCCGUCCUCUGGGCCCUCUGUUGCUGUGAGGCUCAGCGGCGGCAGCCGCAGCAGCAGUGCAACCACGGACUGUCGCUCCUCCUCCCACCCCGCCACCGGGCAAUCCCCUUCCGGUGCUAAAUCCACUCCUGCCUAUUGCCCCCUCCAGAGGAGGAGGAGUGGGAACGAUGCAGUCACCGAGAGUAAUUCUAACGAGGGGGGUGCUAUUGAAGGUGGCGGGGAGUUGGCUCACAAGAGACAAGGGUCGGCUGGGUCUUCCUUAACCCACUCCGCCUCGGCCCCAUUCCCCGUUGUUACACCUGGGGUUACACCAACAGUUACGCCUACCGGUACAUCCACGGUUACACCUACGGUUACAACUUCGGUUACGCCUACGCAGCGGUUGGCGGAGUGGGCGCGGCGGGUGAGCAUAGAGAGGCAGCUUGUAGAGGGGACGAGGGCAUUGGACCAGGAGUUGGGGCAACAGGCAGCGCAGCAGGAGCAGCUGUGGAGCGGGCCCCUGCGCGCCCUUCGAAUGAUGCGCACUGGCAGCUAUGGCAGCGGUAACGCGGCUCAGAUGAGUCAUAGUGGUAACUGUAACGGUGAGGGUAAUGGUAGUGGUAACAGUAAGGGGGAGGGUAACGGCGACAGUAGUGGCAGCUGUGAGGGGUCUAGUGCGGGUGGCUUUAAGAGGAGUGACACAGACGGUGGUCUGAGACUCACAGGGGGGUUAGUAGCAGAGGGAGCGGGGGAGGGAGGACGGGGGAUGGGGGCAGCAAGACGGGGAGUCGGGGGAGUGAGGGGAGGGAGUGGUGAUUUAGAGGAGGGUUCAACGAGCCGUGGUGGGGUUGUUAACGGGGAGGGGUUGUUAAUCUAUUGUGGCUUGCCAUUGUCGGCUAAGAGUAUGAGUCUGAGAGACGAUCGGCUGCUGAAACUCGAGCCUGUGGAUGCCAGGAAGGUCUGGGGGAGCUUCAGGACCGGGCGGGAGGCUCGGUCCGAGGCUCGGCUGGAAGCUCGGAUGAAGUUUCGGUCGGAGGUUCGGGUAGCGAGUGAUUGGGUAGAGAGUGUGCUGGGAAUUGAGGAUGGGGGGGAGUAUGAGGGCGGUUGGGGGAAUAAGGGAUUGAGGUGGGCCAGUGAGGAAAGGCGUGGUGCUGCUAUUGAGGAGGAGGGGGAGAGUGUGGGUGGUGGAGAGGUGGAGGCAGAAGAAGAGGGGGGAGAGGAGGAUGGGGAAGAGGAGGAAGGAGAAGAAGGAGAGGAAGGAGAGGAGAGAGAGAACGGGUUCACAGCUGCAGUGGAGGAAGAGGAGGAGGAUGAGUCGGCGGAUUCUUCUGUUGAUGGGGAUGGGGAGGAUAGGAAGGGUGGGGAGGGGCGAGAGGAGAUGAAGAGAGGUGAUGGCAAGAGGGAAGGGGAAGGUGCGAGAGGGUCUGCCAGAGCAAUGGAGUCAGUAGCAGACUCUGGAGGGGCAGCAGCAGGAGCUUGGGAAGUAGGAGAAGCAGGGCCAGGGCCCGUGACCGCUACUAUGGCUGCAGCAGCAGCAGCAGCAGCAGCAGCAGCAGCAGCAGCAGCAGCAGCAGCAGAAGCAGCAGUAGCAGUAACAGCAGAGGAGGACUCAGGGGAUCUUGGCUCUCUCCCUAGCCUUGAGCCGCAGCCUCGGCACGCAGUGCGACCGCCGAGCCUACAAUUGCCGAAUCUAGAGUCACCAAGCCUGCUGCAGAGCCAAGCCUCUCCAGGCCACGUGCGGGAAUUGGACGAAGCAGCACGGAGGGAGAGGAGCCCUAGGGAGACUUGGCAGCACAGUCCCACUCGGGUGGGAGUGGGAGGAAUAGGGGCGGCAGGGGUAGCCGGAGUAGCAGGAGGGGCUAAAGCAGCAGCAACCACAGUGGCGGCAGGAGCAGCAGCAGUGAUAUCAACAGCAGCAGCAGCAGUAACAGCAGCAGCAGGAGGUGCAGGAGCAAAGAGACAGCAGGAUUUGAGUAAAGAGAAACAUCAGAAGGACUGGUCAUGGGGAGAGGGUGUGCUGAGAGCCGGGACACGGGGGAUAAAACCAGCGGAGGGAGUGAUCAAAUCGGGGGAGGGAGUGAUUAGAACAGGGGAGGGAGUGGUUAAAACGGGGGAGGGGGCGAGUGCAGCUAAGAUGACAAGGCUGGUGACGAUGGGGCCUGUGCCGGGGCGAGGCAUGGCGUACCAUGAGAUAUCUAAAUCGGGCCCCAUCUCCAUUCGAGUCGCUGACACUGCGGGCGUCAGAGGUGGCGAGGGAUCAGCGUCAGCAUCCCUCAUCACGUCUCCCAUGUUCAGCACCCCCCACCCAGCUGCUCACACCGUGGGGCCCACAGGGGCGGGGGUGGGCAGGCGCCCAAGGGGGGGUGUGGUGAUGGUGCGGGAAUACGUGCAAGGCGUGCUCGUGUCCGAGACAGCCAAGAGCGAUAAAACCGUGCUGCCUCGCGACAAAGGUCCCAGGAGGGAGGGAAAGAAGGCGGGCGAGUUGAUCUACAAGGGGCACCUCUCGUACGACCUCAUGCUCACCCUGCAGCUGGGCCUGCGCUACUCCAUCGGGCGCAUGGGGCUGGACUCCGUGAGGGAGCUGAGGGAGAGCGACUUCUCCCAGCAGGCGGGGCCAAGGGCCGUGCGCUUCCCCCCUGAGGGCUCUCAGCUCACUCCCCCGCACCCCGUGGCGCUUUUCAAGUGGCGCGACUUCUGCCCCGCUGUCUUCAGGGAGCUGCGCGCAUUGUUCGGAGUGGACCCCUCGGACUACAUGCUGUCGCUGUGCGGCGACAACGCACUGAGGGAGCUGUCCUCCCCGGGCAAGUCUGGCAGCGUCUUCUACCUCUCCCACGACGACCGCUUCAUUAUCAAAACAAUGCGGCGAGCCGAGGUGCAUGUGCUGCUGCGCAUGCUACCCGCAUACCACGAGCACGUGAAGCAGCACGAGCACACUCUCCUCACUAAGUUCUUCGGCCUGCACAGCUGCAAGAUCUACAAGCCUUCUUCUGGCCGCACGGUGAUCCGCUUUGUGGUGAUGGGCAACCUCUUUAACUCGGACGUGCGUCUGCACCGCCGCUUUGACCUCAAGGGGUCCUCCCAGGGCCGCAGCAUGGACAAGGUGGCCAUCGACGAGACCAUGACGCUCAAGGACUUAGACCUGGACCUGGCAUUCAGGCUGCACGGGGGGUGGAGGGAGCUGCUAUUAAGUCAAAUGGCGGCCGACUGUCACUUCCUGCAGUCACAACGCAUCAUGGACUAUAGCUUGCUGCUGGGCGUGCAUUUCCGCGCCACCGACCCGCCCCCCCCUAUAGUCACAAUCGCUGAGGGCAAGGUCACCGGGGCCGAAGCCUUCCUUGCUCCCUCCUCCUCCUCCCCCGCCCUCCCGUUCCCCCCUCUUGAUCCCCCCUUGGGGGCCCCCAAGAGGCUGUCGCUGCUGGUGCCUGAUGGGGUGGGGGUUGGGGGGGUGGGGGAAGGAGGGGGGAGAGGGGGAGCAGGGGGAGGGCUGGGGGGAGAGAGUGUGGAGGGGAGAGGGGAGAGUGUGUAUACUCCUGGGUCGGAGCCUCAGCCACUCCCUCCUUGGGCGAGUGAGGGGCAAGGAGGGGCCAGAGGCGAAAUGGGAAGCGGGCACCAGGGAGGGGCUGCAGUGGAGGGUUGUGAAGGAGGAGGAGGAGCAGGAGGAGAAGGUUCGGUCUUAACAGAGGUGGAUAUGAAAGGUGGAGCAGGAGAGAGAAGAGGGAGGAGGUUUGGCAAUCCGCUUCGGAAGCCUCGUUCGGCCCCAACCUCGCAUGAGAACCUCGCUCUGCUCGGCCCUGCCGAGCCUGGGAAGCCGAACCAGCAGGGGAGGUCUGGGUGGCAGGGGGCGAGGGAAGAUACGGGGAGAGGAGGGAGUGAGGCAGAGUGUGGGAGCGUGGUGUGCUCGUUAGGGCAGCAGGCAGAGGCAGUGGGAGGGGAGAGAGACACGGAUGGGCACACAAUUGGAGACAUGCUGACUCCUUCUCUUCACGGGGGAACGAGUCCCCCUCUCCCUAUCUCUCCCGCUACUCCCCUUCCCCCAUCCGAGUUACACCCGUCCUCAAUGCAACCACCGCCACCAUCAUCACCAGCAGCAGGAUCAGCAGGAUCAGUCCCAGCAGGAGCAGGGGGGCAGUCUUCCUGGGUGGGCCGGUUCUCCCCGUCCUCGCAAGCCUGGCGCCGCCUCUUCCGCCCGUGGCAGCAGCAGCCGUUGGCGCGGUACACACAGGGCGCAGCAGCAUACAGCUCCACACAGGGCAGAGAGGGCAGGCAAGGCAAGGACAGCUCCCUCCGUUCCCUCCACUCCAUGAGGGCCCAGCGGGCGUCCACGAGUGACGGGGUGCCCAUUGUCCGCCACUCCUCCGACAACGUCUCCCAGCUGCUCUCUCAGUCUCAGCUGCUCUCUCAGUCUCAGCUGCUCUCCCAGUCCGUGCACCCUGUCAGCCAACCCAGCCCCUCGCUCCACCCUCUCACCCACCCUAGCUCCUCCUCCUUCGCCCCUCAAGCUGCUGAAACCACUCCCAACUCCCAGCCCCAUAUCCCUGAGGCCUCUCAAAAUAAGUCUGACCUAGGGCAGCCCCCUCCGAAUACAGCAGGGCAGUCUGGUAUUCCGCACAGUGGUGAGAUGACCUGCUACUCUGUGUUCGCCCGGAUCAGCCACACGCAUCCCGACCCGCCCCCGCUCACCAUCCCUCCCUCCGCCACAGCACCUGAAGCUUCCUCAGGUGCUUCUCCAGGUGCUACCAACAGGGCAGCUCCUGGCAGUAUCCCUGGCAGCAGCCCCAGGCCUCCCCUUGCUUCUGCCGCGAAGCCUCCUUCCCCUCGCUUUGGUCUCUCUGCUCUAGUGGGCGCCCUGCGCUCUCCCAACCCCAAGAGGCACAGCAACCCGAAGCGAGUGGCUGCCGUGUCGGUGCCAACAAGCCCGUGGCUGCAGCCAGUGCUGGGCAAGGCACAGGUGCAGCCCCAGCAGGAAGAGCAGCAGCAGCGGCAGGGGCAGCAGGGGCAGCAGCAGCAGCAGCAGGAGCAGCCCAGACGGCCGGCUGAGCCCUUGUCAUUGGCACCUCAGCAGCACGUGCAUCUGCAGCAGCAGCAGCAGGGCCGGGGGACACAGCCGCUGCUGGGGCAGGGAAUGGCAGCAACGGCUCUGAGGCUGGAUAGGCGGACCAGGCGGCCCAUCAGAGACCCCACACGCGCAGAGGCGUAUGAAGUGGUGCUGUACUUCGGCAUCAUUGACAUCUUACAGGAGUACGACUACACCAAGAAGGUGGAGCAUUUCUACAAGUCCAUGCAGUACGACAGCCACUCCAUCUCCGCCGUGGACCCCGCGCUCUACGCUUCGCGCUUCCAGGACUUCAUCAAGCUCACUUUCCCCGACACCUCCGACUGACUGAUACGUACAAUAACAGUCUGCUCUGCUGUGCAACUGAGUUGAUCCAACAGCCAUGUCAGCAGUGGAGCCCGCGCCCUAUGCCUCCCGCUUCCAGGACUUUAUCAAGCUCAUGGUCCCCCACACCUCUGACUGAUAGCUACCGGUCGGGUCUGCAACUCAGUUGACCCAACAGCCAUGUCAGCUGGUGCCCCGUGCCCUCAGCCUCACGCUUCCAGGACUUUAUCAAGCUCAUGGUCCCCGGCCCGGCACCUCCGACUGAUUGAUCGCUAGCUACCGAUGCGGUGCACUGUGCGGCAUGCUUACAAUCAUGUGUCCAGGCGCUUCCGACAGAUAUCCCGUUGCAUAGUAUUUGGAAGAUGAGAUUUGUGUACAUGCCACUGUUCCCGUGAUGAGGAUGUCAGGUGUGUACUGAUACAAAUGUAUCAGCACUGUAGCGUAGCUAUCCUCCGUGUACAUAAUUGUUUGGCUGUGAUUUUGAGC